AUGCGGACUCUACCAAAUAUAAUCAUCACAGGCACCCCGGGAGUGGGUAAGACGACCACUUGCAAUCAACUCGUCGCCCUCGCAUCGCAGUGUACCCCUCCCGUCAGCCUCAAAUACCUUUCAAUCAAUGAUCUCGUGAAGGAACGGGGCGCGCAUUCCGGCUACGACGAGGAAUUCCAGACUGUAUUUGUCGAUGAAGAGAAGCUAAUGGACGAGGUGGAGAAGGAAAUCGAGGACGGCGCAGGCGAGGGCGGAUGGAUUGUCGACUGGCACUCGACCGAAGGGUUCGCCAUAAGGUGGGUCGACUUGGUUGUUGUGCUCAGGUGCGAGGAGACGAGUAUACUCUAUGACAGACUGUCUUCGCGGGGCUACAGGGACGAGAAGGUGCAGGAAAACAUGGAUGCCGAAAUCUUCGGUGUCGUGACUGAAGAGGCGCGAGAAGGAUGGACGGAUGAAGGCCAGGUGGUGGAAUUGAAGAGUACAGAAGCAGAAGACAUUGAAGAAAAUGCCGAGAGGAUAUUGCAAUGGAUCAAGAACUGGCUGAAAGAUCGGGAGGCGGAGGCGAAGGCGAAUGCGAAUGGUCAUUGA